UCUCGUUACUAAAACAAGUACUAAACAAAAGUGUGACAAUGUUGUAUUAUCUAUGAGACAACGUUUGUUUGAACUAGUGCAAGGAAAGGAUGAAUACAUCCCCAGCCAUCCACUUCUAGGCCAAAAGUUCAGUAUCUCAGUAUUAUUCCAUGUGUGCAGCAAAAAUCAAAGCAAAGCAAAUUGCCAGCUGAUAAGACAAUACAUAUACCAUCACAGCCUUCGACUGCAGCUGAGUGUAAAUAGGACUAAGCUUUAAUAAAAUCCAUUGUAUUCGAAACGGAAGAAAACAACCAACAAAUAGUUUUACCAGAGAGAUGUAGCUUACAUGUUACUGAGUUUUAGUUGAGUAUUUUCAGCCGGUAGACUUCCUCCAGUGAAAGUGAAAAGUGUGCUGAACAUCAUACAUAGACUUUCGUAACAUUUAAAAUUAUAAAAUACCUAAUAUCAAGCAACUCAACUCUGUACCAUGGAUGAUAUAAACUGGAGCAAGAUUAUCUACUUGGAUGAAGAACGAAAGCUCAUCUACUUCGAUCAAAAGACAUACAAAUUGCCAGAGGCCAUUCUCAAUCUGUAUGCUGAUCGAGUUCGUCACCUCGAUUUGAGCUACAACAAGUUAUCUUCGUUCGAAGCACUGGAGUUUUUCGGCGGCCUCGAGGAGUUGGUAUUGGAUAACAACAAUCUCACCGAUGAGAUCAUAUUUCCCGGACAGCUAGAGCAAAUGAAACUAUUGUCAUUGAAUAACAAUAAAUUUGAAAACCUGGAUUUGCUACUCACAAAAUUGUCUCUCUGUUUUCCGAAUUUGGAAUAUUUGAGCUUACUAGGGAAUCCAGCUUGUCCCUGCCAUCUGUUAAAUCUAGAAUAUUCCGAAUACGAUUAUCUUAAAUAUAGGCUUUACAUAAUUCGUCAUCUACCCAAGCUUCGUAUUUUGGAUGCCCAACGUGUGAAGAAAAUGGAACGAGAUUUUGUCCGGAGCCAACAGGACCAUGAGUACGAAACGGACGAAUUUGAUGGCCGCAGAGCAACCAGCACACUGAAGCAUUUCUACGUCAAUGUGAGCAAGCGGCUUGGUGUCCGUCGUAAGAAUCCACCAGUGUACCAUCCGCUGCCUGAAAGUAUUCGUGAAGCAGGCGACCAUCGAGGAGCUUACGGUAAAUGUCGCUACCGCUACGUUGGUGCACAGUCUGAGGGCAAUCGAUUUAUACUCAAUACUGAUUUAUGAGUACCGUUUAUUUUAAUCCGUAUUUAUAAUCAACAAAUAAAGUAGAUUUAAUAGUAAGUAGAAGAUGGUUUAUUUUUAUUACGAAAUGUUUGUGGAAAGGAUAACAACAGAAAUACAACUUAU